GGCUUCUUGGGAUCACAGGUCCUGCUUCUCAGAAGAUGCACUAUUACAGAUACUCCAACGCCGAGGUCAGCUGCUGGUACAAGUACCUUCUCUUCAGCUACAACAUCGUCUUCUGGCUGGCUGGAGUUGUCUUCCUUGGAGUCGGGCUGUGGGCAUGGAGCGAAAAGGGAGUGCUCUCCGACCUCACCAAAGUCACCCGGCUGCACGGAAUCGACCCAGUGGUGCUGGUCCUGAUGGUGGGCGUGGUGAUGUUCACACUGGGCUUUGCUGGCUGUGUGGGGGCCCUGCGGGAGAACAUCUGCCUGCUCAAGUUUUUCUGUGGGGCCAUUGUGCUCAUCUUCUUCCUGGAGCUCGCUGUGGCUGUGCUGGCCUUUCUGUUCCAGGACUGGGUAAGGGAUCGGUUCCGGGAGUUCUUCGAGAGCAACAUCAGAUCCUACCGGGACGACAUCGACCUGCAAAACCUCAUCGACUCUCUCCAGAAAGCUAAUAUGUGCUGUGGGGCCUUUGGCCCUGAAGACUGGGACCUCAACGUCUACUUCAACUGUAGUGGGGCCAGCUACAGCCGUGAGAAGUGUGGGGUGCCCUUCUCCUGCUGUGUACCAGACCCUGCGCAAAAAGUUGUGAACACACAGUGCGGCUAUGAUGUCAGGAUGCAGCUGAAGAGCAAGUGGGACGAGUUCAUCUUCACGAAAGGCUGCAUCCAGGCCCUGGAGGGCUGGCUCCCCAGGAACAUCUACAUUGUGGCCGGAGUCUUCAUCGCCAUUUCACUGCUGCAGAUCUUCGGCAUCUUCCUGGCAAGGACCCUGAUCUCAGACAUCGAGGCGGUGAAGGCGGGCCAUCAUUUCUGAGGAGCAGAGACAGCGAGCAGAGCUGAGCCAUGUGUGGAGGCCAGGCCCUUCACUGUCAUUACCCUUACCUUCAGCAGGAGAAGCUGACACAGCCUCCCAGAGCUGACACAGUGCCCUUUGACAUCAGCAUGAUGUGGACUCCAUUUCUCCUUGCUGGUGUUGAAGACGGAGUUCCUUUUUACCUGCCCAGACUUGACAUGGCAUCCCUGCAGGGUUUUACUCAGACAGACUGUGUCUCUGUGGGGUAGUGACUCUUGAGCAGAGGUGGCUCCAGUGGCUGUGAGUUGGGCUUGAUGGCCCUCUUGAAGCCCAAGAGUGUCUGGAGACCCCUGCCCCAGCCCCACUGCAGGCUUUGGACCAUACCAGCCACGUGUGAGGGUGGGACAUGCAAGGGAACAGCAGGUGUGGCAGUGCCUCCGGCUCUGCCAGCUUAAGAAGCACAGAUCCUGCCCUUAGCGGGAGACAGAUAAGGGCCCUGUGGGCCUGAGUGUCAGCCUGGUUUGCCAUGGUUUGAUCACCCCAGGGGUGGUUGGCAGAUCCCCAGCCGUGUCCAGAUGAAGUAAGCCUGGGCCAGUGCAUGACCGGGCCAGGGGAGCACCUCACUGCCGUCCUCCAGGCCCACUCUGCUUCCCCAGGGCAGAAUGGCUCCGGUCUCCAUAGCAUUAAGCCCUGGGUUCUGCUGAGAGCCAGCUCUCCUGUUCCUACAGUGUGUAAAUAGUUAUUUAUAGGGGUAAGAAUGUUCCCACACCGUGUCUCCAUUUCCUCUUCCUCUCUGGCAUUCUCCUCUUACGAAGCCUUACCCGGUGUCUGGGACCAAGCUGUCCCUUUCAGUUCCCUGAGUGUCUCAGCCAGUGGUGACAGCCUCUCCCUCUGGUCUGUGUGUCUUCCCACCUCACCUCGCUCCCUCCCUCUAUCCCUCCCUUCCUUCCUCUUUUUCCUCCCCCUCCUCCCCCCUGUGGCCUCACUGUCUUCUGGUCUUGGUGCUACUGAAACUGCCACUCAGAACUUGAAUCCUAACUGACUUCCCCAUGGCACGCCUAGGAGCCCCAACCCAGAUGACCCACUGGAAAGCUAGGCUCCCGUCAGAGCCACACACACGUGGUGGCCUGAAGUAUGUUGCCUUUGGAGAGCAACUCUCCUGUUAGGGCCACACACGUGUUGUCUCCGUAGAGCAGCACUCCUGCGAGCCACGCACCCGAAAAGUGUGCUGUGUGCAAGCUUGAGAUGGUUCCUUUCUAAAAGUGUGCUGUGUGCAAGUUUGAGAUGGUUCCUUUCUAACUCCCCAGUGACUCCUGCGCCCAGAUGGCUGUGGCCACUGUCUGCACUUCCUGCCAGAGCUCUUCUGGGGCUUGAUUUUUGGAAAGGAUGUCUGUCGGAGGUCCUGAGUACCUCUGAGGCAUGGCUGGGCGUGUGUCCGUCUUGGGCUGGCUUCUCUGUAGCUUGUGCCUGUCCUCACCGUGGAGGGGUGAGUGCUGCCUUCAGUCCCUGGCCGCAGGGUACAAGCUUGCGUGCUGUGUACUGGUGAUGCUGGUGGGUGUGUGUUGAUGAUGAUGAUAUUUUUUUUUUAUAAUUCUCUAUAGACUAGAGGAAGAAGAAUGCCUGUGUUUUUAGGAAGUGUGAUGCUUCUCUUUGACUGCCAAACUCUUUUAUGGAAUAUAUCUUUAUAUUAA